UGUGCUUCUCCAUUUCCUUCCAGCUACAGGUGCGUCCACACUCCCCCCACUAUACUUCCUCACUCCUUGACCUCUGACCUUUUCUCCUGACCGCACCUAACCCCGACCUGAGGACCUUUCCUUAACCUUCAUCUGGACCAUCCACUAGAUCAUUUAGACCUGCUGUGGCCAGGUGGAGUGGACAAAAGUGUGUUACAGUGUUGCACUGUGGGAAUUGUAGUCCACAUCACUUUGUUCCUGUUCUGGUGUAUAAGUGGGUGUGAAGUUUCGCCUGAGACAAGACUUUUUCUUCAGGAACUGAAUGAGAUAUUUCUGGCUCAGCAUGCAGCUGGAUGUGUAGCAUGAAAGAUGGACUCUGUGCUGUCAGCAUGUGGACUGAACGGUAAAAAAGAGAAAGUACAAGAGGAGAGGCACCUACGAGCUAAUGACAGAGAAUUUAAUCUUUCCUUCAAAUAUGCUAACAAUGCCAUCAAAACGUCUAAAUACAACAUCUUCACUUUCCUGCCCCUCAACCUGUUCGAGCAGUUCCAGAGGCUGGCCAAUGCCUACUUCGUCUUCCUGUUGAUCCUGCAGCUGAUUCCAGCGAUCUCCUCUCUCUCCUGGUUCACCACUGUGGUUCCUCUGCUGCUGGUGUUGUGCAUCACUCUGGCUAAAGAUGGCACUGAUGACAUUAACAGACACAAAAACGACAGACAGGUGAAUAACCGCAGGGUGGACGUUCUCAUUGAUGGACAGCUGAAGAGUGAGAAAUGGAUGAAUGUUCAAGUUGGAGACAUCAUUAAGCUGGAGAACAACCAGUUUGUCACAGCUGAUCUGCUUUUACUGUCCAGCAGUGAGCCUCUGAACCUGGUCUACAUCGAGACUGCUGAGCUGGAUGGUGAGACUAAUCUGAAGGUGAAGCAGGCUCUGACAGUAACAGGUGAUUUGGGAGACAACAUUGACACACUGGCUGCCUUUGAUGGUGAGGUGCACUGUGAGGCUCCAAACAACCGUCUGGAUAAGUUCACAGGUACGCUAACAGUGCAAGGAGAGACCUACGCUCUGGAUAAUGAGAGGAUUCUGCUCCGAGGCUGCACUCUACGCAACACUGAGUGGUGCUUUGGCCUGGUGCUGUUUGGAGGCCCUGACACAAAACUGAUGCAAAAUUCAGGGAAGUCUGUAUUCAAGCGCACAAGCAUUGACCACCUGAUGAACGUUCUGGUUCUGUUUAUAUUUGGACUUCUGGCUUGCAUGUGCACCACUCUGGCCAUUGGUAAUGGGAUUUGGGAGCAUCAGCAGGGCACCUCAUUUACAGCCUUCCUCCCACGGCAGGACGGGGCAAACGCAGCCUUUUCUGGAUUCCUCUCCUUUUGGUCCUAUGUCAUCAUCCUCAACACUGUUGUGCCCAUCUCACUCUACGUCAGUGUGGAGAUCCUCAGACUGGGGAACAGCUACUUCAUUGACUGGGACAGGAAGAUGUACCACACUAAGACUGAUACUCCAGCCCAAGCUCGGACUACUACCUUAAAUGAGGAGCUCGGGCAAAUAAAAUACAUCUUCUCCGAUAAGACUGGUACCUUGACCCAGAACAUCAUGACCUUCAACAGGUGCUCCAUCAAUGGGAAAUCAUACGGUGAAGUUGUGGAUUUCUCUGGGCAGCGGGUAGAGAUUACUGAGAAGACAGAGAAAGUAGACUUUUCAUGGAACUCGCUGGCAGACACAAAAUUUUGUUUCCAUGACCACGCGCUAGUGGAGGCGGUAAAGCAGGGUUCCUCAGAGGUUCAUGCUUUCUUCCGUCUGCUUGCACUGUGCCACACUGUCAUGCCAGAGGAAAAGACUGAGGGUCAGUUGUUCUACCAGGCUCAGUCUCCUGAUGAAGGAGCUCUGGUCACCGCUGCAAGGAAUUUUGGUUUUGUGUUUCGCACUCGUACCCCUGAGACGAUUUCUGUAGUGGAGAUGGGGAUCAACAUCACAUAUGAGCUGCUGGCAGUGUUGGACUUCAACAAUGUCCGCAAAAGGAUGUCUGUCAUUGUUCGCAGUCCAGAUGGAAGGCUAACUUUGUAUUGCAAAGGUGCAGACACCAUCAUCUACGAGAGGCUCCACCCCUCCUGCUCCAAAGUCAUGGAGGUCACCACUGAGCAUCUCAAUGAGUAUGCUGGUGAAGGCUUGCGGACUCUGGCUCUGGCUUAUAAGGACUUGGAUGAAGCAGAGUUUGAGCAAUGGAGAGAGCGCCACCAUGAAGCCAGCACUGCACUGGAGGACCGUGAGGAAAAAUUGGAUGCCAUAUAUGAAGAAAUCGAAAAGGACCUUAUGCUCAUAGGGGCGACUGCAGUGGAGGAUAAGCUGCAGGAUGGAGUUCCUCAGACCAUUGAACAACUUGCCCAGGCUGACAUCAAGAUUUGGGUCUUAACUGGUGACAAACAGGAAACGGCUGAGAAUAUUGGCUAUUCUUGCAACAUGCUCCGAGAAGAGAUGACAGAGGUGUUCAUAAUAGCAGCCGAUACAGCAGAGGGCGUUAAAGAAGAGCUAGUGACUGCCCGAAAAAAGAUGUCACCUGAUUCACCAGAGGAGCCUCCCUUUCUAAAGAGCAGGUUUAGGGGUCAAAAAUCACAGGUGGUGCUUGAUGAGGAGUCAAACGGAGAGUAUGGCCUGGUGAUUAAUGGACACAGCUUGGCUUAUGGUCUGCAGAAGGACUUUCAGCUGGAGCUGUUGCGGACGGCCUGUAUGUGUCAGACGGUAAUAUGCUGCAGGGUCACUCCCCUGCAAAAAGCCCAGGUGGUUGAGCUGGUCAAGAAGUACAAGAAAGCCGUUACACUCGCCAUUGGAGAUGGAGCAAAUGAUGUCAGCAUGAUCAAGGCUGCCCAUAUUGGAGUGGGUAUCAGUGGUCAGGAGGGCAUGCAGGCUGUUCUUUCCAGUGAUUUUUCCUUUGCUCAGUUCCGAUACCUACAGCGUCUCCUGCUGGUCCAUGGCCACUGGUCUUACCUGCGUAUGUGCAAGUUCCUGUGUUACUUCUUUUACAAGAACUUCAGCUUCACCUUUGUGCACUUCUGGUAUGGAUUCUUCUGCGGCUUCUCAGCCCAGACGGUGUAUGACGAAUGGUUUAUCACAAUGUAUAACCUGGUGUACACUGCAUUACCCAUCAUUGGCCUCAGUCUUUUUGAUCAGGAUGUAAAUGACCGUUGGAGUAUGCAGUACCCCCAGCUGUAUGCCCCAGGGCAGAAGAACCAGUACUUCAAUAAAAUGACCUUUGUGAAGAUCCUCCUGCACAGCUGCUACAGCUCCCUCAUCCUUUUCUUCAUCCCCUAUGCUGCUAUGCAAGACACUGUCCGAGACGAUGGCAAAGACAUUGCGGAUUACCAGUCUUUCGCCUUGCUGGCCCAAACCUGCCUGCUUGUUGUUGUGAAUGUGCAGCUUGGUCUGGACACGUACUACUGGACAGCAGUGAAUCAUUUUUUCCUGUGGGGAAGUUUGUCUGUGUUUUUUGCCAUCACCUUCACGAUGUACAGCAACGGCAUGUAUCUCAUCUUCACCUCCUCUUUCCCCUUCAUCGGUACUGCAAGGAAUUCUCUGAACCAGCCCAACGUCUGGCUGACCAUCUUCCUGACCACCCUCCUGUGUGUGCUGCCUGUAGUGGCUCUUAGAUUUCUGCUCAUUCAGCUCCGGCCAACCAUUAACGACAAGGUGCGCUAUAAAGUGAGGCAGGCCAAAGCGGUGCUCCCUCCUCCUCCUCGCCGGUUCCCACGGCGACGCAUCAGCACCCGUCGCUCUGGUUACGCCUUCUCCCACGCUCGUGGCUAUGGUGACUUGGUAACAUCGGGUCGCUUCCUGCGCAGGCCAGUGAAGACCAGGCUAACAUUGUUCCCCUUAGUGGAGUCACCUUUAGCAGAAAACUCACCACAGACCUACCGGAGCAUUGGAGAAGGAGCACAAAGAUCCUAACAGGCCUGACACUAGGGGGCACUCUCAGGGACACACAUAUUUUCUUUUCAAUACUUUUUAUGACAUGACCUUCACAAAAUUCAACUCGCCACUUGGAAGUAUAUCAGAACUACAUUACAUACAUAGCUACUCACAGCUUGAGUAGGGAAACGGCACAACAAGGAGCAUAACACACUCGCGAGAAAAGUCUGAACAUAACAUACAUCGAUUUUAUGAAUAAUUGCUUGACUAAAAGAUUUGCUUUAGAACUGUGGUGUUUUGCCUUUAUUUAUUUCUUGUUAGAUAGAUGUGUAGCUUUUAGCUUGCUAGCUAUCUAGCUAGCAGAGUAUAAUAAUUAAGUUGUAUCAGUAGUCUGCAAUCGAAAACCCAUUCUGAACAUAGCAAAUUGAAUGUUAUUUUAAAAUAUUCAACCAGUAUUUUUAUUGCUGUGUCUUAUAAAGUAGUUUAUCCUCCAAAUGGAAAUGCAGCAGGUUACAAUGGUUUCAAUGAAGCAUUGCCCCUCUGAGAGCUCAUCUAAAACUUUACUUGAAUUAAUACAAUAAUAGAAUGUCCCUUAAGGAUUAUCCCCUGAGGGGCAAUAGUGAGGCCAAGUUAACGAGGGCUUGUUUAAAACAGUACUGGAACAUGCAGUUAAUGUUUUUUGGGCAAAGGUGUAGUCCAUCUGAUAUGCAUGGUACCAUGUACCCACUAGGAAAUUAAUGAGAUUAGCAUAUACUUGCUUAAAAAUGCCCAGUCUCCACUCGUUAUUGUCAUUGUGAAAUAUUGAAAGCAAAGUACUGAAUUGAUGCUGACAGUUUUGAAUGACUGAAAUCAAAACCUUCUACAACUCUACAGUUGGGACCUUGGCUAAACCCUUCCCCCAAAUACUGGUUGUCCAGUCAAUGCCUAGACAUUGCAAGUUUUCAGUAAAAUAUGCUGCAGCUGGAACAGUAAAUCAGAAUCCCGAUAUGCCAAGUGUUUGGAGUAAAAUGUUCCCAUUUCUAAAAGGAAAGCACAGAUGAAGAGGUCUGGAGGGAAGAAUUUGAAAGACUUCUACAAAUUGAAAAAUCACAGAGAACAUGUAGACUUCUGGUUUAAUGCAUGUGGCUUGGUUAGCUAACUAGCAAGCCUAAUUGACAUCUUAUGUUCUAUGUGCCUUUAACACGUUCUGUUAAAUUGUUCCUUGUGAAAAUAGCAUGAAGGUAAGGCUGUGAAUUUGAUAUAGACAGAAAAUGUACAUUUUCAAAUUUUAAAACACCUAAAAAGUCUUGUUAACCACAUAAGUGUCAAAAAGGAAGUUCUUUUGAUUGGUUAAAAGUGGAGAGAGUGUGAGGGUCUUUUGCAUGGGUGCAGCUUGAGGGUGUAUAGCUGUUGUAUUGAUAAGAAGGGGGAUCUACAGGUUACUCAGACUGCCUGAUGCUGUGAUUUUGCCUCUUUUUAAAUUCUGUUUAAUGUGAUGUGUCAUGUUGGUGUUUCAUGUCUGAAAUGUCUAUGAUGUUGUGUAGACUGCAUGUGUCAAAUUGCAGUCCAGAGGCCCACAACACUGGUGGUUCUUUCUGUGGUCAUCCUAAGUAUAUAAUUCACAUGCAAGAUAUAGGAGAGGACCUAUGACUAAACUAGACUAAAUGUACUUAAAUUAAAUGGUAGAUUGUUCAGUGUUGAUGUUUUCAGUGUGAAAUUGCGCUUAUUAACAUACAAACAUUUUUCAUGACUGUCUUAUCCAGGUAUGACAGUAAUUAUAAAGCUUGCUGUAUAUGCAAAAUGUUAUAAAGUUAUAUUUAAAAAAAAAUACAUAAUCUCUCCUGGCAAGUUUCCAAAAGCUUGUACAUGGCUGUAAAGAGUCACCUAUAUCUACAAAAUCACAAAACAGUAUUUUGUUAUUUAAUAUAUGUAUAACUAAUACAACCUACUUAAUACAGUUUACAGCUUUUUAAAGUUCUUUAAUCCAUUAUCUUCAUGUGUUAAAGCAUUGAAGAAUGUAAACUCCACAGCGCUGUGGAAGUUCAGGACUGCGGUUUGACACUCCUGUCUGGACACUGGAUACUGUAAAGCAAAACUUGAGCUGAUGAGAGAUUAUAUUUUGCUGUCCUAAUGCAUGUAGUUUCGUUUAGCCUACUGUUCUCUUUUAAUUUAGCUGUGCUAAACAGGUUUUCAGGAUGUGUGAUAUUUAUGUUUGGCUUUAACUGAGGUACCACUGACAUUGACCUGCUCAUUUGAAAGUGUCAUCAUGUUUUGUAUGCUGAUUGAUUCAAUAAAUUUUGUUGAAUUACA